AUGAGACUCUUCGCCUUCGGCUCAAACGGAUCGGGCCAACUAGGUAUCGACCACGGAGAAGACGUCUCCAUACCGACGCAAUGUCUCUUCGAGCAGCCAGAGCCAUCUCAAGGAUCCCAGAGACACACCGUUCUAAACACCAACAACGCGGUUGACUCUGAAAUCAUGACAAUCGCAGCAGGCGGAAACCACACUCUCCUUUUAACCACCAGCGGCUCCAUCUACGCCGCCGGCUGCAAUUCAGACGGACGGUGCGGGCCUCACAGGACAAACAAAAAUCCAAAAGAGCCCGAGUCCGACAUCAAGGGAGGAAACAUCCUGCGCUUUCGUCGGGUGAUUCUGUCAGAUGCUGUCUCCAACACAGAGGUAUCCCAGUUCAAACAUGUCUCUGCGACGUGGGAGGGCACGAUUGCUGUGGCUUCUGUUCCACGAAUCAGCGGCAAUGACGUCGUUCAUGGACACGCUCCUGAAACAGAAGAUCGAGUCUUCGUGCUUGGCUCCUCGCCUAAAGGCGAACUGGGUCUAGGACUGGACACCCCCGCCCCCGUGCCGGGUACGUGUAUACCUUCCUUCCCGCCAGCGGGGUUGAGGAUCACAGCGCUGGCGAGCGGGGUGGCGCAUUCAGUUACCGUGCUCUCGAAUGGGGAUGUCUGUGGCUGGGGCGGGGCGCGGAAGGGUCAACUUGGGAAAGAGAAUCGAGGGGCUAGGAUUGCUUACUCUCCUGUUCGGAUUUGUGUGCCGUUUUUUGCGGAGGCUGUUGCUUGCGGGAGGGAGUUUACGGUUGUUUCGGGGCAAGGAAGGUUUGUUGUUCUUGGGGAUGGGGGGAAUCGGUGGGGUAUAUUGGGUGUGCCAGAGAGUUUGUCUUUGCGCGCAGAGUCCGAUGGUGUUGAGGAUGGAGGUCUACAUGGAGAUGGAGAUCAUUUACAGGACGACGAGCAAUGGGAUUGUGGGUGCAGGGGCACUGUUCAUUAUCGCUAUACUGGCAUUGCGGCUAGUUGGCAUGGGGUUUAUGUCCAUGCUGCACCUGGGCUGGGACGAGUGGAACCAUCGAUGCCGAAUGCACAGAUAGACCCUGCUUCUGAUUCGGUCAGUGGUUCGAUUGUUGCUUGGGGACGCAAUGAUCGAGGCCAACUUCCACCGCCAGAUCUUCCGACUCCUGUUAAACUCGCUGUUGGUAGUGAGCAUGCCAUCGCUCUCUUGGGAGAUGGUCGAGUGGCGGCGUUUGGAUGGGGCGAGCAUGGGAAUUGUGGACCUGAUACAGAUUCCCAGGGGAAUGUGGCGGGUACAUUUACUGUGAUUUCGCUUCCUGAAGCUGUGGGCGCGGAUAGGAAGGUUGUCGGGGUUGGAGCGGGGUGUGCGACUAGCUGGAUGAUUAUAACAUGA